GCAGCCGCUUACGUGGCUGGCUGAGACGUUCAGGGUUCUUCCAGCGCUGUCGGAACUAUCAGAGUUCAGACUAAAGCUCAGUUUAAUUAUUAAACAAAUUGACAAAUGCUACUGGAAAUUGUCAUAAAAAAAAUUCUAAAACAGUUGUGUCAAUUGAGGUAAAAGAUAAAACAUACAUACAAGUGCUGUAUUUGUUCCCGUUUUUAACUAAGUAAUUCUGUUCAUCUUUGUACAAAACGAUCUUAAUAGGAGGACAUGAAGGCGGCAUCUGUUAGGGCUUGAUUAAUUCCUUCACAGUAAACGUUGCAAACGGUGUACUAGUUUGAUAAAAUGCCUACUGAGUUAAAACAGAGGAAGAAGUCACAAAAACAAAGCGAAGUUUCCGAAACGUCGGCUGCAAAUGCCAACGAUGAAACGCAAAAAGUGAAGACGGAAGAUGGAAACGACGCAGGAGCGAAGAAAACGUCUUCGAGUUUGGAUAUUAGAAGUUUAAUGUGCGUGUUGUCGCUUGCAGCAUGCGGGGCUUUAAGUUGGAUGGUGCUACAACAGAAUGAGAGAUUUUCCCAAAUUGAAGAAAAGUACAAAUCUUUACAAGGAAAGACUUCAAGUCUGUUCGACAUGGAGGAAGAAGUCCUAAAGGUUUCUAAAAAGCUCGCCGCCUCUGAGGACGACCUACAGGAGGCGCUCUCCACCGUCUCCUUGGCAACACGACUCCAGCAGGACAUCGACACCCUCCACGCUGCCGUCACAGUGAUGCAGACCGACGAGAACUCCGCCUCCCGUGACAUGCAGACGGUCAACGGCCACUUUCUCAAUGUGACUGAGACAUGGCAGGAGCGUCUGGCCGCCAUCUCCUCUGACCUGUCCGCUCUCAAGUCCGAGUCCCGGGAAGCUCACGCCGGAGCCACAGAGCGGGUUAACGAGGCAGAGCGGAGGGCCCGGUCGCUGGCGGAGAAGUUGGAGGAGCUCGAGGACAGUACCAGGAGGAACGCCCGAGCUAUGGAGCGCACAGAGGGCGAUGACACCAAGCGGUCGCAGGAUCAUCUGGACUGGAACACCAAGCAGAUCCACAACCUGGAGGAGCAGAUCAGCAGCCUGACCAAGAGGGAGGCUGAGCUCAGCUCCCAGCUCCAGGAGCACAUUCCCCGGGCGCAGGAGUGUGAAGAGCACCUGCCCCAGGUGGAGGAGGCGGUGCGCUCCAUCCUGAGGUUGGCGGGUGAUCUGAGCGGGGCGGAGGAACGUCUGGAAGAGGUGACGCUACAGGUGUUUGGGACUGAGGACAGCAUGCUGAAAGCACUCGGUGAGAUCCUUGAGAUCCGACAGGAGCUGGACACCCUGCAGGCUCAAAACGGCAUCCUGAAGAUGAAGAAUGAGUUGUCCGUGGUUAAAGAGGCAGUCCAUGAACUCACCAUGGUGCUGAGGGGAACUGCAGUCGAAAGCCAAAAGGACUUUAACACUCUUGAGGAAGAAGGGUGGAAAGAGGAGGAGGAGGAGGAGGAGGAGGAGUGGGAAAAAGAUGAGACGACUCCUCUUCUACAUGAUGAGCUCUCUGAAUGAUGUCAUUGUCUUGGGGGGAAAGGAUUGACCCACCCUGUAUUACUAUUUGCUGUAAAAGGCUAUAAAAGUUCAGUAUUCAUGUCUUUCUAAAUGUACACCUCAGCAUGAACUCUGGUAUACAUGCACUGUAUUACACAAGUACGAUCAAGAAUAUUUAUUUUAAUAUUUGUUCAAUGUGGAGUGACACAUUUAGGUUUCCUUAGUAACUGUAUAAAACACUCCCCAUUACUUUGCUACAGUCAUAUAACAAUAUCUGUGCCAGUCUUUGCAGAUAUAACUACAUUAGAGCUGAUUAGAUUUUCUUAUUCAAUAGUUAACUUAAUAAACGUUGAUGUUUUUGAUGACUUACAUUUCCAUCUUUUGGUUUCACCUGUUGAACGCGUCACUAAACUUAUUUAAUAAAUUCACCUUUCUUCAUUGAAAAGGUCUCCUUUGUACACAUUUGUUUUGUUCUUCUAUGUAAUCAUCUUGUGUACUAAGGCACUAGUUUCUCUCAUGUUUUUCAUAAAGGGAAAUAACCUGAAAUAAUGGCGACUAACUAAAACCUCCUUAACAUACACACAUACAGCUGUUG